UCUAUCUCUAAUAACGCACGUAAACAGACACGCCCUGCUAUGCACUCUUCAGGAAGUGCUCAAGUGACUUUCCUUCUUCCUAGGUCAUUUUCCGUUUGGCGCAGUUACUUUUGUAUGUUCUCGGCAAAAUGACUUAUCAAAUGUGUCAAUUUGCUUUAGUGUUCAUGUUUUUCUGUAUUGGAAAAACGUUAGGGAAGCCGAAUGUGCCUGCUCCAAACUAUUCAGCACCGUCGGCCAUUAUAUGCUCCCAAAGAAACAUUUCCUGCAUCGAAGUACAAACGGCUAAAGGCUACAAGUUCCAUUUCUCGUGUCCUGCGGAAGGAGAGCUUAACGUAAUCCACAAUAAUUCUCACAUUGCUGUGCGUCAGAAUGGCCCUCAGCCUUUUUGUCUUUGGGAUGAAGUGAAGAGCCUGGAGCACGAUUCAGUUACUACAAUACAGUGUAGAGACCUGUACAUACGAUGCUUUGUUACCACAGAGGAUGAUUUAGUUAGCGAAACCUGUUUUGAUUAUAAAGUAACUGAGAAGCCAGAGAAGCCGGAUGAGCCUGAUCCUACAUUUUACCUCAUCAUUGGACUUGUGGGGCUCAUGAUGGCUGUGAUCAUUUUAGUGUUCUUAGUCUGCUGGAAAAAGAAUCAGUACUUUGCUCGUAAAAUGGCGCCGUUUUCAAUGUACCUACGCUCUCGUCUCAGAAUAUUAGAGAGAGAAGGGACACAAGUAACUAGACCCCCUGCAGGAAGAGGAGUCCAGAGGAACACAGCUGGUGAUUUGGAUGGAAAACAACUCAACGGUGGUAUCAGCCUGUUGGAAAGAGCUGCCACCGGUCGAGAUGGAAGUGGUGAACGUGUUAACAAGCAAGAUGAAACACUUGAAAGUGUGCAUAGUCCCAGUAUUGAUUGUGAAGCUGAUGGCAAGACUGCUUCAGUCUCUAGUCUGGACCACAAUUUGAGCUGUGAGGUUGUUCAGCCGACUACAAAUGGAAACAUACAUGCACCUGUCCUAAUCAAAGACUGCAAGCAUCGUGCUAUGAACGGAAGUGUGAGGGAUGAUCCAGGAGGAAUGAAAGACAGCAAUGGAAAACCCUUUGUUAGGAACGAGGAAACGCACAAUGGAUGUGCUCCUGGUUGUGGUGGUCCUGAAGCUUGUGAGAAUGAAGGACACUGGCUACUGCCUUCUCAGGGAGCUGACAGGCAAGCCAACCAACCUUCUGACAUGACGGAUGAAGCCAGAGCUUUGGUGAACAAGGCCGGCUUUGAGUCAAACCAGCCCAGAAUGUGCUCCACUGCACCAGAAAAUGGCGUGAAGUCAACCACUAACAUGGAGAACUAUCAACACUGAUGAAUAUUAUUAUAGAUAAAAUAAGACCCUAUAUAUAUAUACACACUAUAACUAUAUGUCUCACAAGGUAUGUGGUACAUUUACUGGUGGUAGCUUUGUUUGUAGCAUUGUAAUCAAGCCCAGCACUUUACCUUAAAUCAUAACUUCAGUAACAGAUGGAUACAUCUUCAUUUGGGUCAUUACAUCUAAAUUAAUAUUAGUUAUGACAACAACAAACACAGACACACGUGUGCUUUGUUAUUCAGAUAAUAGUGCAUGGCUUGACCAAAGUAUGGGUAAACCAAAUAUCAGAAAAUGUACCACAUACACAGCUGCGAGACUACAAAACCUAAUAAUACUUAUAACAGGGGUGUCCAAACAUUUUUCACCGAGGGCCACUUACAGAAAAUAUACAAAGGGAUGGGCAACACACUAUAGGUGAGGUAUAUUGCUUCAUAUGUUAAGUUAGGUUAUAAGCUAUCAAAAUCAAUCAAAUGAAGGUAAAUUAUGCUUGAUACUUGAAUAUGCUUCAAGAAAGAAAAUAGUGUACAUCACAGCUUUCCAUAGGGUUUCAUUUAUUUUGAUACAAUAGGGUUGGCAGCUCAUUCCUUAAAGCCAAAGCCUCAUAUAGCUUAUAAUAAGGGAAAAUAUGAAUAGUGUAUUUCAAGCUUGUUUUGCAAACUAACAUUAGUUUGAGCACAUUUUCAACUUUGAGUUAUUGGCCUUAUUUACACAUGAAUACAGUGCAAUAUAGAGUAUGUUUACAUAUAUAUUUAAGAAGUACAAUAUGAAACAAGCACACAUUUCAGGUGGGCCAUAUUCCAUUAACGGGCCGUAGUUUGGACACCCCUGACUUAUACAAUAGUUAUAAUCUACAGAUUAAAUACAUUUGUAUAAGCUAUAUAAAUAUACAUAUAUAUAUAUAUAUAUAUCAUAUUAUAUAAUUUGUUAGAAUGUUUCAUUUUAAUGAGACAAUGCCUGACAAAUGGAAACAUUAUAAAGAAUGUUUUCUCUUUUUUAUUGGAGUUUUAAUAGCUUAUUUAUCUGCUCUGUAAUAAUUAAGUUUGCUUUAAAUUCUUGUUUAUCAUAUAACAUUUAUUACAACUAGUUUAACUAUUUUGUAACAUUUUGCUCGGUAUUUACAAUUCAGAUUUACAUUAUAUUACGAUUUUAAUUGUUCUUGCUUACAUACUCAGUUGCAUUGCUUUUAUUAUUAAUCGAUUCAUAUAUAAAUGAGAAUUUAUCAAAUUGUAAGUGCAUUACAAAUGAUGAAUUUUUGUCUUUUAAAUAAAUGUCUACCCACCCUGGACUGUCCUUUUUGUUAGAACUUGCUUUCUAAACUAUUGGAAGUAUCUCCUUUAAACCACAAGGGGGCAGUAAAUGGUCAUCGCUUUUCCAGCUCUAAGGUACACAGGCAACAUCAUUAUACCUCUUAUUAUUUUGUUAAGAGAUUAACUUGUAUUUAUUUCUAGAAGGCAAUAGCUUCAAAAUUCAUGAUUGUAU